GUAGAGCACGUGCCACAACAACGAAAAAAUUGAGUUUAUUAUUUGAUAAAGUAGAAUUUAAACUAUAGUACGCUGGAAAAAGCAGGAUUGAGACAAUGAGAAUAUCUCUAAAAGUCACCAUCUGCUUCAUGACAGCCAGUGUGAGUUUAUUGUCUGUGUCAGGAAACAAAGAAGGACUGGCCAGAAUUAACUGUGACAACACGCCUGUGAACCAGACGGCACACGUGGGAGGAUCUGUUACCAUCAACUGUGACUAUUCAAGAGCUGAAGAAAGCAACGUCCGCUAUCUCUGCAGAGAAGAUGAAAAGCUCAAUUGCAGAAAUAUGAUAGAAACGCACAGUUCAAAUUACACAAAGCGAGGAAGGUUUUCUCUGACAGACAACAAACAGCAAAGAGUCUACACUGUGACACUUUCCGGACUGACAAAGGCCGACGCAGGAAGAUACAAGUGUGCUAUGGAAAACAGUUCUUUCAUUACAUGUUCAACUGAGGUCCACCUGCAUAUUUUAAACUGGGAUGAUGUUAAAUUGGAGGAAAUAUCUGGUGAUACAGGAGACACUAUCAAAAUUCAGUGCUACUAUCCUAUCAGCCACGAGAUCAAAGAGAAAUCCCUAUGCAAGGGGAAGGAUCCUUCCAACUGUGAGGAGCUAAUACAUACAACAGAACAGGACAGAGAUACCACUAAAGGCAGGUUCAUUAUGAAAGAUAACAGAAGAGUGAAGUACUACUAUGUGUACAUCAAAAAUCUGAGCAUAAACGACUCUGGAACAUACUGGAGCUCCUUUGAUAGAACAUGUUGGUAUGCUGGAUACUGCAAAUUCCACCUUUCUGUAGUUGAAAAAGGCACCAAGACAAAAGAAUCAGACCCUCAAGCUCCGCAGGCAACAACAGCAUCAGUGCUGACAGAUAAGUCAUCUACAUCUUCGCAACCAGAGACGGGUAUGAUGGUCGGUGUGGUGGUGAGUCUGACAUUGUUGGUGAUAGCUGUGGUUGUACUUAUACUGUGCAGACACAAACUCCCCAGGACACAAGUGUGUUGCACUGCAGGAGGAUCAUCAGAGCAGAGGACUUACACUGGAAACAACACAGAGGGAAAUCAUGGAGACUAUGAGGAGAUAGAGGAAAACUUAGGAAAUACAUUGCCGUCCAUUUAUGUCAACAUCAACCCUCCUGCAGACCAUCUGCACUACGCCAACGUCUAUUUCCAGAAAGACUCUGUCAGUGUCUUGACAGACAGAAACACACUUCCUGACACAAAUAAAAAUGGCUCGUCUUGUGACUACUCUUCUAUCAGUCCGACCCGGGGCACCACCCAUCCUCCAGCUGCAGGGCAAACUGUCUAUUCUACUGUAAAUCUUGAGGGUAAUAUGACCUGAAGGAUUUUCUCUUUUCUCCCAUAUUGUCCAUAAACCCAGAAUAUAUGGAGUGUUUAUCUGCUUUCAGUUCAAGUUAUUUGGUAACAUCUUUGAGUGGUGGACCCUAUGUUAGGUGUGUGUGUUUCUGGCAUAGUUUGACUUCGUUUGCAGUACAUCAGUUUAUCAGUAGUAUAGUUAGCAUUUAGUGUGGCUAAUAAUACAGCAUGUAAAUGUGAAUAAUAAUAUACAUGUGCUCUGAAUGUGAUGAAUAAAAUAUUAUUUGAGAAUCCUGA